AUGAAGACAAACAAUGAAACACUUAGUUUGCAAAGAUUACUUAUCACACUUUUAAAUCUUAGAGUCUUGAUUGCAGUUACAGUAGGGGAAGUAGUCCCUUCUUAUAUCCCCAUUGAAAACAUCACCAUUAAUUGUGGCUCUUUCUCUCACUCCUUAGCUUCAGAUGGCCGCCUUUGGAGUGCAGAAAACAAUUCUAGAUUCCCCGUCCUACAUUCACGAAACAAUCAAUCUCUGUUUUUAAGUGCCUCUACUGGGUAUGAACCCUACAUCACAAGCCGCCUUUCCUACUCGGAGUUCACCUACAUGAUCCCCCUUACUGCUGGCCCGAAGUUCAUUCGCUUGCACUUUCAUCUACAUUCAUACCCAGGCUUUAAUCUGUCUAAGGCUUUCUUCACUGUUAAAGCAGGUCGGUUUACACUUCUCAGAAACUUCAGUGCUUUACUUCAUGCUCAAGGCAAAGAAACUCUGGUUAAAGAAUUCUGCGCUAACGUCGAAGAUGGAGAGACCCUAAAUAUAACAUUCUCUCCGAGUUCGGCUAUCUCAGAUGCGUAUGCUUUUGCAAACGGGAUUGAAAUUGUGUCUAUGCCCACCAUCCUAUACUACAGACCUGCCAGUGAUGAAGGUGUUCCCCUCCUUGGCCACCCUACCGGUAGGUUGUAUAGCUGGGCAAACAACACUGCCCUUGAGAUGAUGCAUCGGAUCACUGUUGGUGGAAAACAAAUCCCACCUGCAGAAGACACUGGCAUGUAUCGAGCCUGGUCAGGGGACGACGAUUACUUGACAGUUGCGGGACCUAGUGCUCUUCCAGUUAACACGAGUGUUAAUCUCAGCUUCAGCGCUGUGCCAUCGUUCUCUGCUCCGGGAUCCAUCUAUAAAGUUGCUAGAACAAUGGGAACUAACAAGACUAUGAAUGAGAAUUAUAAUCUCACUUGGGAGUUCCCUGUUGAUUCUGACUUUAAUUACUUUGUGAGAUUGCAUUUUUGUGAGUUCCAAAUAGAGGUAACGAAAGAAGGUGACAGAGUUUUUGAGAUCUUCAUAGCCAACAACACAGCAGAAACUCAAGCAGACGUUAUAGCCUGGAGUGGUGGAAAUGGAGUUCCAAUAUAUAGAGAUUACGCAGUGGCAAUAAGGAAUAAAGGAAAUCAAAAGAAACAAAAUCUUGCAAUUCAGCUACAUCCUGACCCGGCAUGGAGAACUAUGUAUUCUGAUGCAAUCCUGAAUGGAGUUGAAAUUUUCAAAUUGAGCAGGAGCGGUGAUCUUAGCGGACCUAACCCCGAUCCAACGCUCGUUUUGCACUUAGGAAAGAAGAGGACGAUAAAUGUUGUUGUCAUUGUUGCUGCUCCAGUUACCGGCUUUGUUACUAUCUCUCUUUUACUUUUCGUGAUUUUCCGAAUACGUUCCAAUAAAUUUGCCAACAACAGCUGCCCUUCUCUACCAUCUGAUAUUUGUCGCCACUUCUCACUGAGGGAGAUCAAAACUGCUACUAACAACUUCGAUAAGAAUCUCAUCAUUGGAAGAGGCGGAUUCGGUGAAGUCUACAAAGGAUUCGCUAAUGCUGGCUCCACCCCUGUUGCAAUCAAACGCUUGAAUCCAGGUUCACAACAAGGGGUGCUUGAGUUUAGGACUGAAAUUGAGAUGCUUUCGAAACUUAGGCACCAAAAUUUAGUUUCUUUAAUCGGAUAUUGCCAAGAUAAUAAGGAAAUGAUCCUUGUAUAUGACUACAUGGCUCAUGGGACCUUGAGAGAUCACCUCUACAACACUAGUAGUCCCCCUUUACAAUGGGAGCAGAGGCUCAAGAUGUGUAUUGGUGCUGCACAUGGGCUGCAUUAUCUCCACCGAGGUCCCAACCACACCAUCAUCCACCGAGAUGUGAAGACAACAAAUAUUUUGGUAAGUGAGAAAUGGGUGGCCAAAGUAUCUGAUUUCGGAUUGUCUAAAAUGAAUGACGUAACCAACACUCAUAUUAGCACUGCUGUCAAAGGCAGUUUCGGGUACUUGGAUCCUCAAUACUAUCGUCUUCAGAAACUAACCGAGAAAUCUGAUGUGUACUCUUUUGGUGUGGUGUUGUUUGAGGUGCUAUGUGCAAGAGCACCAAUAGAUCGAACUGCUGAGGAUCAUAUGCAAAUAAGUUUAGCAGAGUGGGCACAACAUUGCUACAACAAUGGAAGCUUUGAUCAGAUAAUUGAUCCCUUUUUACAAGGUAAGAUCAAGCUUCCAAGUCUGUUAAAAUUUCGAGAAGUAGCUAUAAGUUGUUUAUCUUCGGAAGGGAUGAAGAGGCCCACAAUGAGUGAAGUGGUGUAUGGACUUGAACUUGCAUUGAAGCUGCAGGGAAUUGAAAUAAAUGGAAACGAUGAGAAUCAUGCAAAUGACUCAUCUUCCAUAGAUUAUCAUGUAUUGUUUACUAGUGGUAGUGGAUCAAUGAGAGUUGGUGAAUUAACGUUUCGCCCAGGUGAUGAAUCGGUUACUCUUCAGGCUUGUGAUUCGAUUGAAAUAUUAAGUAAUGAAGAUAACCUUAUAAAUCCGGUUAAUAAGACUAAUCAGGUGGUUCAACCCUCUUUGAAGGAAAAACUUUUGAGAAACAUAAAUGAGCCACAAUCUAGUUCAUGCACGAACAAUGGAACCAUCCAUGAACGACAAAUGCUACAGAUAGAUAAACCAGAUGAAUGGUGGACUUAUGGCAAGGAGGAGCAAAAGCAACAUCAUGUCAAGUUUAACGAGACGAACCAAUUCAAAGUAGGUGACCAAGUGUUAUUAGAUGAAACCAACCCUCGAAUUAUCACUACAGAGCUCAAUGCAAAUGGAGCAACUCCUUUUACAGUACUUAAAGUCUUUCCAUACAGUACAGUCAAGCGCCAUUCCCCCCUCCUUCAUGUUCCUCCCUAUCACGAGGACCCACCACAGCCUCCACCAUCGAGUCACCGACAUGCUCCCUCUGCUGUUAGCUCCCUAGGAGUAUCCUCCGAGGAGUUUGCUAGUUUUCGUCAAUACUGUACUCAAAGGUUCGACAGUAUUGAUGCGACUUUACAGAAAAUCUGUCAGUAUCUUCAAAUCACUCCUCCAGCGCUACCGACUGAUUAG